AUGGCCAGGGACGGUGGCAUCCUCUCCUUCCUGCCCCCAGGCAUCCCCACGGACACGAGGGGGAUCGAGGUGGCCCUAGGGGGGGGUGAAGGUGGGAGCAUGCCACUGCGGGCGGCGGGGGUGGCGGGCACGAGUGAGAAGCGGAAAAAGAAGGUGUUGAUCCUCAUGUCCGAUACCGGGGGCGGGCACCGGGCGUCGGCCCAGGCUCUGGAGGCCGCUUUCAACGAGCUCUUUCCCAACCAGGUCGAGUGCACGACCGUGGAUAUCUGGACGGAUUUCGCUCCCUGGCCCUACAAUCGAUUCGUGCCGGCCUAUCAGUUCAUGGCCAAGAACCCCCUCUACUGGAAGGCGUUCUGGGAGUACGGGAAAUUUCCCCCUUCCAAAUGGGGCACGGAGGAGCUGUCGAACCUGGCUUGUCACCACCGGUUCAAGGACUGCAUUGAGGACCAAGACCCGGACCUGAUCAUCUCGGUGCACCCCCUCUGUCAGGAUGUGCCCCUGCGGGUUUUGAACACGCUGGGCCGCGGGAAGCGUCAAAUUCCUUUCGUGACCGUCGUCACCGACCUGGGAGGCGCGCACCCGACCUGGUUUCACAAGGAGGUGGACCUUUGCUUCGUUCCCUCGGACCCAGUUCGAAAGAUUGCCUUGGCCAUGGGGUUGAAACACGAUCAAAUCCGACAGCACGGACUGCCGAUCCGGCCAGGCUUUUGGAAGGCGGGGAAGGAUAAAGGGCAGUUGCGCAGGGAGCUGGGUUUGGCCACGGGGGUGAGGACGGCGCUGGUUGUGGGGGGUGGGGACGGGAUAGGAAACCUGUUGGAGAUCACGGAGAGCCUUGCCUCGGCGCUGGCGGCUGGGGGAUCCGGGGGGAAGAAGAGCCAGGUGGUGGUGGUGUGUGGGAAGAACGAGGAAAUGCGGCGGAAUUUGGAGCGGCGGACGUGGCCCCCGAGCGUGAAUGUGGUGGUCAAGGGGUUUGUAAAUAAUAUGGAUGCUUGGAUGGGCGCGUCGGAUUGCAUCGUCACCAAGGCCGGGCCAGGGACGAUUGCGGAGGCGAGUACUCGGGGGCUGCCCGUGAUGCUUUUUAACUACCUGCCCGGACAGGAAGAAGGGAACGUGCCCUUUGUGGUGGAAAAUGGCUUUGGUGAUUACAAAAAGGACCCGAAGGCGAUCGGGGAGGUGGUGUCGGGGUGGCUGAUGAGCGAGGAGGUGCGGGAGAAGAUGAGCAAGAAGGCCCUGGAAGCUAGUCGCCCGAGCAGCACUACCAACAUUGCCAAGGAGAUUGGCGAUUUGCUGUUUGGCAAUUGGCAGCUGCCGCUACGGAAAGACACGGAGGAUAAAUUCAAUAUUUUGUUGAAAAAAUUGAUGGAGCCCGUGACGAUGUGA